CUCAACUCAAGAAGAACAAGAAGAGGAGAGAGAGAGAAAGAGAUCAUCCGGAGACUUCUACCAAGAAAAGUGCCCCUUCUCUUAGCUGUUCAGCCAUUACCCUUAAAGCCUCGCCCAUACCAUUUUGUCUCUUCUUCCCAAUUCAAUAGCGCCCUUUGCAUCUGCAAGUGAGUCAAGGACACUUUUUGAGGAAAAAGUACCCAGACAGAGAGAGAGAGGGGGGGAGUACAACACGAAGCUAGAAGAGAAUGAAGAUCCAAUGUGACGUUUGCGACAAAGACGAAGCCACCAUCUUUUGCGCUGCAGACGAAGCCGCCCUCUGUGACCACUGUGAUCGCCGUGUCCACCAUGCCAACAAGCUCGCCAGUAAACACGUGCGAUACUCUCUUCUCCAUCCAACCUUCAAACAGUCCCCUCUCUGUGACAUCUGUCAGGAGAGGCGAGCAUUGCUUUUUUGCCAAGAAGACAGAGCGAUCCUGUGCAGAGAAUGUGAUGUUCCAAUUCACAGAUCCAACGAGCACACCCAAAAGCACACCAGGUUUCUUCUAACCGGGGUUGAGCUCUCUGCUUCUUCAUCCUCGAGCCAAGCCUCAUCGUCAUCCAGUGCAUUGAGCACAGACAUGAAGAGCUCCAGAUCCUCGGCAAAGAGACAGAAUUGCUCGCCGUGUUCAGUGUCGACAGCCGGGAGCAGUUUGCCGUUGGGAGCUUACCAAGACGAGAACCACACCAGCGAGGCCGGCUCGAUCUCGACGAGCAGCAUCUCAGAGUACUUGAUGGAGACUUUGCCUGGGUGGCGCGUGGAUGAGUUUCUUGAUCCUUCAUCGACAGCUUCGAAUAGUUAUUGUAAGACUUUUGAUCACAAGUCGCCGGCGAUAGAUCCCGACUUCGAGAGCGACACGAGCUCCUCUGCCUUGAAAGAUUUUUGUAAACCACUCCGCCAAAGUUCCUCAUCUCUCUCUUCCGCCUUUCUCCGGCUCAAGGUCCUUUCUUUUCAUGGAAUGGAUCGGCAAGAGAAGGCAAUGAGCAACAGAAUCAUCAAGAAACAGAGUGAUGAUGGUUUUCUUUAAGGAAAGCUCAUAUCAGCUUCCCUUCUCCCAUAAUUCUCAGGCUUUUUUAGCUACUGCGUUGAAUCUACAACCCUUGUGCAAUUUUUUCCUGUGUUUUCUGCAUUGUUUUAUUUGUUUUAACGGUUCCUCAUGAUCUCCUGUUCAAAGGGUAGGUUUGUUUUUUCCCCCCCUGAUAACCACAACAAUGAAAAAGGAAAAUAACCCUUUUUUGUUCUUCAGAUCUCUGGAGAAGUUCAUUUAGGUAAAUCUUCCUACAAAAUAGUACAUUUGUUCAUUCAAUGUGGC